UAGCAACUCUCGACCUUUGGUGGCUGACACCGGUUAUUGGGCUGAAUCUUUGCCCCUUAUGGAUGCACCUCUGUGCGCUGUUAUUGAUCCCAUACGUGAUUAUCGUUGGCAUGCCUUGCGCUGUGGUGGUCCGGAGACAGCAUCGUUUUUGUGUGAAAUGCCAGUGCCAACUUGGGCCGAUGUGUGCAUCCUCAAGGAUAUGCCAAAUUUAACAAUGCAAUAUAUGGCCGAUACGGCAAGCAUCGAACUCAUACGCAAUUGCCAGGAAGAGGGUCUAUUGCGGACAACAUGUCAAGGAAAGCAGGAUCGUGAACGCGCUCUGCAAGAUUUAAUUUGCCCCCGAGAACGUUUGGAAGCUCAACGCAUUAAUGACAUUACCACAUCCCAUUUCAAGUCCUUGCAAAUUAUCAAUAGCAUACCAUCCGACAACAACGAGAAUAAUGAUAUUGAACUUCUACCCAUGGAUGUUAGCUAUGGACCGGCCCAUUAUAGCGGUGGCGAAGAAGAUUUACAAACCGAAAAGAAUACCGUGCAACGUCUCAUAGAACAAUUUAAUGUUGAUGAGCUAAUGCAAGCUGAUGAACCCGCUAAUAUGGAAAGGGUUAGCUCCUUUUACAAAAUCCCCGGUCUAAUACCAAAACCUGUUAAGAAAUCUGCCAAAAAGGUAGUGGAAUAUCCCAAAAAGGAAAAUGGUAAGAAGCAAACCGUAGUACAGGAUAAACAAGGACGUGUUCCCUUGGAAAUGGAUGAAAUGAUGUUGGGUGAUCAGCCACAGGGUGAACCAGAAAUGCCAGAACAAAUACUAAAUGAAGAGGUUUCGAAUGAGAUUUUGGAACCAUUGCCGCACAUUAAGAAGACCAAUAUCCACAAGGAGGCAAUGGAGAAAAUGGAAAAGGAGGCCAUUGCCAUAAAGGAGAGCAUGCAGAGGAGUAAGGAAAUGGAGGCGCAGAAGAAGAAGGCGGCGGAGGUAGCUGCAGCAGCGGCAAUUAUCACCACCACCACGAUGGCUACGACAACAGAAGAGAUUACCACAACCACGGGGCUAUUAACAACUACCACAAUGAAGCCAGAAACUAGUUCUGUUGUUAGCUCUACCACUGAAGCUUUUGUUGUUAGCUCUUCAACCUCCAACCCUGGUGUUAGUACAACCACUAAAGAUGUUGAUGUGAAUGUACAUCAAGAAACCUCAACACCACUGGAUUUGGAAUCAUCAACAUUGGGUCAUGGCUCGGCCAUCUACUCCUCUACAACCCCUCCCGCCACCAUUGGCCAUCCAAUGCAUCCCCAGCAACCUCGCAGCACUGUCAUAACCGAGGAAACCCAACAUGGCCAUGUUAAAGAGUCGGCCGACAAUUCACAUUUCAUACCGCCCAUGUUGAUGGUAAAAUCUCAUUAUGUACCCCAAGCCAACAAACAUGGCCACAAUGAACAUCAAGUACAUGCACCUCACGCCCCAGGUCAGCAGCAGCAGCACAUGGAUGCCCAUGACACCACCCACUACAAUGAAGAUCUUACAACAAAGAGCCACUCUGACAUGGCGAUGACAACUGCUAAAGUGAUAGAUUUUGAGUCCUCAACAACAACCACAGCAAGCACAACAUUGAAAUCCAAGGACAUUGAAAGAACAUCCGAAGCGAAUCAUCAUCAACAUCAGAACCACCAGGAGCAGCAAAAAAUUGACAAGGCGGAAAAAAAAAUUACCCCGGAAUCCGAUGGACAUUUGCAAACGAAACCAUUCGUAGAAGAAACAACAGAAAAUGGCAACAUGAUACCAAUUACUCAGUCCGAAUUUCUAACAAAGGAAGAGGAACCGGAAGAACAGCAAAUCGGUAAACAUAACGAAAAUAUGAAAUUGGAGCAGGAAGUUCUGGCAACGAGUCAUGCAAAUGCCGUCGAAGUUGUUACAACUCCAGCUACCCCCUUGACCUCCACCAUCAUCAUCACAUCGACUGCCGAAUCCCUUGCUACAGAAUCGACCACCACCACCACAAGCACCAUAAAUCCUCACGAAGAUAAAACUUCACAGACAACCACAAUGAAGCUGGUCGAACAAACCGAAUCUCCAAAUACCAGUGAUGACAUUGCAGAUAAAACCGAACUGCCAGCUGAUGCUGUUCGGGCGACACAAGCAAUUGUAAUGAAAGAAAUACAAAGCCAACCAGCAGCAGACAUGGACGAAGAUGGUGAUGAUGAUGCCAUGGAGACAGAACAAACCACAAAACUAGUUGAGGAGACUGCGGCAACUGCAAUGACGACGCAAGGACAUUCCGUUGUUGCGGCAGAGCUAAAACAUGAUUUGGUAACAGAAACUCCAACACCAGCAGGGCUGACAACCACUGAGAAUACUGCAGAACAAGAGACGACAAAAAUAACACCUACAACAAUCACAGCAACAACAAAUGUGGAAGUACAAACUAGUCAAACAACAACACAAACAACAACAACUGCAAUAGCAGAUGAUACAAAGCGUAUCCUUGCUAAGGAUAUCCAAACAACAUCCGGUUUAAUCACAGACCAGGAAAACGAGCAACACAAAGCCAAAGCAACAGAGACAACGGAAGGAAACGAAGCUGCCGUAAAGGGUGAAUCGGCCACGGGUAUAACAACAGAAAAGGCGUCGGAAUCGACUAGUUCCCGGCCAACGACAACACUAAAUCCCAACACAGAGACACAGAAGGAAAAUAACACCAAUGCAGCAACAACACAAGCCACAACAACAUUUGAAACUACCAGCAGUAGCACAAUAACACCACCAAUAUCCUCGCCAUUGCCUUCAUCAACGUCUACCACCACUACCACAACAACAACCACCACGCCACCACCACCAUUUUCUUCAUCAACAGAAACUACACGAAAUUUCUUAAAAGUUACCACAGAAAUGCCAUUUAAACCAAAUCGCCGACGCUCUCUAACCAAACCGGAAACCGUAAGUUAUAUGAAGAAAAUUUUAGGUUAAGCUUUACAAGAACAACAAAAAAAA